GGUGGGGUCCCCGGGGCUGUGAGUGCCAAUCCCGUCCCCUUCCCCAGCAGCCAUGGCCGGGGUGGUGCGGACCCUGAGCCGCUGCCUGCUGCCGGCCGAAGCCACCAGCCGCGGGGAGCCGCGGCGGGAGGGCAAGGAGCGGAGCCGGGACUCGGAGCGGGAGGCGCGGCGGCGGAGCCGGGAGAUCGACGCGAUGCUGGCCCGGGAGCGGCGGGCCGUGCGCCGCCUGGUCAAGAUCCUGCUGCUGGGCGCCGGCGAGAGCGGCAAGUCCACCUUCCUCAAGCAGAUGCGGAUCAUCCACGGCCGCGAGUUCGACCAGAAGGCGCUGCUGGAGUUCCGGGCCAUCAUCUACGAGAACGUGGUCAAGGGCUGCAAGGUUCUCGUUGAUGCACGGGACAAACUAAGGAUUCCUUGGCAGUACACGGAGAACGAGAAGCAUGGAAUGUUUUUGAUGGCUUUUGAAAACAAAGCUGGAAUGUCUAUAGAGCCUGCCACAUUCCAGUUGUAUGUACCUGCACUGAGCGCACUGUGGAGGGAUUCUGGGAUCAAGGAAGCUUUUAGCCGUCGGAGUGAGUAUCAGCUGGGUGAAUCGGUGAAAUACUUCCUGGAUAACCUGGAUCGGAUUGGCCAGCUGAAUUAUUUCCCCAGCAAACAAGAUAUUUUGUUGGCCAGAAAAGCCACCAAGGGAAUCGUCGAGCAUGAUUUCAUCAUUAAAAAAAUCCCUUUCAAGAUGGUGGAUGUGGGUGGACAGAGGUCUCAGCGUCAGAAGUGGUUCCAGUGCUUUGAUGGGAUAACUUCUAUUUUGUUCAUGGUUUCCUCCAGUGAAUAUGACCAGGUUCUCAUGGAAGAUAGACGCACAAACAGACUGGUGGAGUCCAUGAACAUCUUUGAGACAAUAGUCAAUAACAAGCUCUUCUUUAAUGUUUCUAUCAUCCUUUUCCUGAACAAAAUGGAUCUCCUUGUAGAGAAGGUAAAGACAGUCAGCAUUAAGAAGUAUUUCUCAGACUUCAAGGGUGAUCCUCACAGGCUAGAUGAUGUUCAGCGUUACUUGGUGCAGUGUUUUGACAGAAAACGGCGGAACCGCAGUAAGCCACUCUUCCAUCAUUUCACAACUGCCAUAGACACUGAAAAUAUCCGCUUUGUGUUUCAUGCAGUGAAGGACACAAUCCUUCAAGAGAAUCUGAAGGAUAUUAUGUUGCAGUGAAGAAAAGCGCCCCUUGUCGUGUUGAAAUCUACCCGAGGUUAUAAGUCAAAGCUUUUAUUUUAUCUUUUUGGCUCUUGCAUGUGGUUUUAGGACCCAUGCUAUUCACUUGGCUCAGGAAUGCUGAAACUAGCCAGUCAUGGAGGCAGGAGGAGUCAAACAUUGAUGUUAGCUACUGAAUCAUUUGGACGAGUAACACUACUGAAAAAAGUGGCCGUUGUAGGGUUUGACGCCUAGUUUGGAAUAUUGAAUAACACAAUCACCUUCCUAUCUUAGAAAAAUCUAAAUGACAAACUAUGUAAGGAAGACUUUUAAUGAAAACUGUUGUUUUGCAAGGACAGUAACUGUACAGACUGCCUUUCUCUGUAGUUUGGAGGUGCUGAGUUAACCAGUCAAACUAAUGUAAAUUAUAAUGAGGUUGGUAGUUGUACUAGAGAAUAAAUGGCAAUAUAUUAACCACAAUUCCACAUGUAAUCUUUAAAUAUGUAACCAGAUCUUGCUUGCAUGUGCAGUGUUUGCCAAGGAUCUGGAGUCCACUUAUCAGUGUGGAUGCACAACUCUUGUCUGAAGGUCUUGCAUCAGUCUCUUGAGACACGCGAGUCUAGGACUAUAAAUGAAAUGCAGUGGAACUAUAAAUGAAACCCACCAGGCUAUAUGAGUCAUCUGUCCUGCCAUUCCGAAGUCAUAUGGAGGAGAAAAUUAAGGCCUGGCUGAUGUGGACAAGAUUUUGUUUUGCACUACAUAUACAUAUACAGUGUCUUACAUCAUGGGAAACUGACUUCCACAGUAAUACAGCUUGAGGCACGUACUAGAACAUCUGACCACAUAUCUGCACAUAGUGGGUGCUCUAGUGAGGUGUCAUUUACGGAAAUUCGUCACUGUUUUCACACCUGCAGUUGGCAGUAUUUGUGAAGCUCCAGUCUCUCAAAUAACAGGGCUUUCUGUCUCCAAAUGUGUGGAAGCUGAUUAAAGUUUUUAGCAAAAUUUUUGGUGAUAGAGCAGCUGCUUGAUUAGUUCCUAACAGCUGACCUUACACAAGAAGAGCCAGCACUCUUGAGAUCCCAAUUUUACAGCUGCACUGAUAGGUUCGAGCAGCAGGACUCUGCUGUAAACUAGCCCAUUUUUAAUGUUUCUUAAUGGGAUCUUUAGCAUAUAUUAAUUUAUAUAUAGUAUUUGUAAACUGUCAAAAUUAGUUGCCUAUUUCAGGCAAUGGUGUACACGUGUGAAAUUGCAAGAGGCUGUGAAUAAUAUUGAUGUGAACUGUUGGCUUUCUAGCUCUCUAAACUUACAUAGUUAACUAUCAGGUGCCUUUCUUUGUGUACAGAUAAUUCCAACCAUGUCUACUACAGUGAGGUACAUAAACAAAAUUUAAGAUCUGCCUUUUAUUUCAGUGCUGUAGUGUCUUUUUUUUCUUCUUCCCAGGGAACUUUCAAACACAAAUGGUUACUGUGCAAUUGGUACCAUAGUUUGAUUUUAUUUAAAAAAAAAAAAAAAAUCAGAAGGGCUUUCUCUAGCUCGACCAAGUCAUUAGAAUCUCUGUAUUUCUUGUCCCCUUUAAAACUAUAAUGACAUGUCAAAAAAGGAACACUUUAGCAUUUAAUCCCAUGAGAAAUGCUGAUCUAAAAAGAACCCUGCCCUGGAGUUUUCACGUGUUUAACUUGGAUAAAAUCUAGAAUCCUUCCUUUUGUGCCUUGCAGAAGUUUAUUUCUCUGUGUGUGGUAUGCGCAGCUUCCUAAUGCAGAAAUCUUGUAGCUUUCUUUGUGCUGGCUUCAGGAGUGAAAAGGAUGUGGUUGUGUUCUAGUUUUGUAUAAUGCAUAUAAAAUGUUUGAAGUAAACCAGUAAGGAGCUGCAGACAGAAAAAUCUAUUUAUUUUAAAAUUACACUUCCACUACUUCUCAAAUGUAAACAGUAGUUAAUUGCCUAGUUAGAAAAGUCUUACUCACCAGGGACCAAUUUUACUUUUAGUGAUUUUUUUUAAUAGAAAAAGGGAAAUAUCAAGUCACCCCAUCUUGACUGUUCUGCAUUGUUACAGAUGAGGAUUCUGUUAUGGUAAUUGCAUUUGGAAAGGUAAAUGCCUCAACAUGAGGUGUUACAAAUAGUAGCUUACUGGUCUAAUGGAAUGUGUUCUUCUGAGCAUGCCUCUUUAUUUGGUUAAACGAGAUCUAAAGUAUUAAUUCUUCAUUACUUAAGUAUUCAGAUAAUGUAUUUAGACUUUGCAGUAGUUUCUACUCAACAGAAGGCUUUAGAGCUAUAGCAGGGCAACUCAGACUGCCUCACUUCCCAGUCGAUUCUUUGUGCACUUUGUUGUUUUACUGAGUGUUCUAUUUGGAAUAAUGUUCUGCCCAUUUAACUCUUGAGAAAACAUUCCCUUUUUAGAACCAGAUAUUAUUGAAAAGCUGCCUCAGUUUUACAUAUGAAGUCUGCCGUAGCUUUAACUGCAAUACUGGAGCAUGAAACUACUCCUCUUUUUAAUGCAAAUGUAAGGUCUUGUAUUCCUGGUCAUCUUAUUGAUUUUUAGAAGAACUCCGCUAAUAAAUGUGGUGUUCUCAAAGCAA